UCCGGCGCGGCCUCAACCCUUGCCCAAGAUGGCGGCGGCGCCCGGGCGCUGACGCCACCGGUGACUUCCGGCCGGAGGGCGGCCAUGGGGCGACGAGGCCGGAGCGGGCCGUGCUGGCGGUCGAGCGGGGGGUCCCGCCCUCUGCCGAAGAGCCUGGAACUGAAAUGACGUCCUGACAACUGGGAGCAUCACAGACCCGGAAUGACUGGGGAGAAGCUGCUUUGGUUGGCAAUCCAUGAUCCUGUGUGUCCGUUGACAGGUGCUGGCACUUCCCAUCUGGUCAGUCAAGGCUGGAGGGCUAGGCCUGGAUCUGCUCUUUACUUUUGAGGGAGAUCUGGACCUCUCCUCCCACACCCCGAGGAGCCAUGGAGGACAAACGCAACAUCCCUAUCAUUGAGUGGGAACACCUGGACAAGAGGAAAUUCUACGUGUUUGGGAUUUGCAUGACUAUGAUGAUCCGGGUGAGCGUUUACCCCUUCACACUCAUCCGGACGCGGCUGCAGGUUCAGAAGGGCAAGAGCCUCUACAACGGGACUUUCGAUGCCUUUGUGAAAAUCCUGCGGACAGAAGGGACGGCCGGGCUCUACCGUGGCUUUUUGGUGAACACCUUCACGCUGAUCUCGGGGCAGUGCUAUGUGACAACAUACGAGCUCACUCGGAAGUACGUAUCGCGCUACAACAACAACAACGCCGUGAAGUCGCUGGUGGCCGGCGGCUCAGCCUCCCUGGUGGCCCAGAGCAUCACAGUGCCCAUCGAUGUUGUCUCCCAGCACCUCAUGAUGCAGAGGAAAGGGGAAAGCAUGGGCAGGUUCAAGGUGCAGAGCCAUGAUGGUAAACGGCUUCUGGUCUUUGGUCAAACCAAGAACAUCAUUGUACAGAUUUUCAAGGCCGAUGGUUUUAGAGGCUUCUACAGAGGCUAUGUGGCCUCGCUGCUCACUUAUAUUCCCAACAGUGCAGUCUGGUGGCCCUUCUACCACUUCUAUGCUGAGCAGCUUUCAAGCUUGACUCCUAAAGACUGUCCCCACCUCCUCCUGCAGGCAAUAUCGGGGCCGCUUGCAGCUGCAACAGCUUCCACACUUACCAACCCCAUGGACGUGGUCAGGGCUCGGGUCCAGGUGGAAGGCAAGAGCUCCAUCAUCCUCACCUUCAAACAGCUCAUUGCAGAGGAAGGUCCCUGGGGGCUGACUAAAGGCCUCUCCGCCCGCAUCAUCUCAGCCACUCCUUCCACCAUCGUCAUUGUAGUGGGGUACGAGACGCUGAAGAAGCUGAGCCUCCGCCCAGAGCUGGUGGACUCGAGGCACUGGUAGAGGCAGCUGGCGGGAGAGAACCUUUGUGAACCCUCUGAGCUCGGACUGUCACGGGGGAGAGCCCAGGAGGAGACGCAGCUGCUGUGCCUUUGUCUCUGGCUGGUGUCGCAGCACAAGGCAGACGCAGGAGCAACUGCACUUCACCUCUUUAGGUUUGAGUGUCAUACAAGUCUCUGCUGCUGGUUUUGCUUAAAACCAUCAAACUGCGACCUUUGGCAAUGCUAUUUGCCUGGGACAGUCCAUUCCAGGUGUGUGUGAACACAUCCUGGCAGGUUAUUAAUUCCUUUUUUUUUUAAUUAAAGACUUACUGGCUGAAGCAAAAAGCCAGUUUAUUGUCUUUAAAUUAUUUUAAUCUUUGCCAAACUUCUGAGGAGGGGAGUCCGACAGCCUGCAGCAGGGUCCUCCAGUGGGAUGGCUCUGGUGGCAGUUAUGCUGUGGAAAGGUGGAAGCAGAGAAUAGACAAAUGACUUCUCCAAUUACCCACAUUUAUUUCAAGAAGGUGUGAGACAAGAGUAACCUGGAACGACUUCAGACCUGAUUUCCUGCGUUUUGAAUAGAUCUGUACAUAUUUGUUUUGUAUGUUCUUGGAAAAUGUUCCCUCUCUCUCAUCCUCCAAACAGCAGGCAGGCCAAAGACGAGUCAGGAGCUCAGCUGACUGUUUGGAAUUAGCUGAUGGCGGUUUUGACACCUAACCUGUGUUUUUAAUCUGUUGAUAUUUAAUUUUUUUUAUUUUAGGGAAGCUUAUUCUGAUUUCUGGGGAACUGAGUGGUUGUCUGUGGCCUUGUUCGAUGUGUCAGUCCUGCAUGUUCAGGGUGGCUGUGGCCACUUCCCACCUUUAGUUAGUUUAAGCACAAAGAAAUGCAGUUUGGAAGUG